AUGACGUCCCACGAGUCUUCCAGCCCCAAGCAGGACUUCAUGGUCCUCGACGACACCAGACCCGCGGACACGUCUCUGCCCGCCUUCAUGGUGUCAACAACGCGGGGUUUCCUCCCGCGCAUGGAGCCCAUCGUUUCCCUACCCCCUGAGUUUGACACCGUAGAGUCCCUCCUUACCAGGAUGCCAGUCAAGACCCUCUCCGGUGGCCCAGGCCUGUUGGCCGAUGGCAGUUUUGGCGAUGCUGUCCUCGACGAGCUAUCGGACCUGACGGACGAGGUCGAGAAGCACAAGGACAACCUUCCUCUGGUCAACGCCCUGUACCGGGACUACUCUUUCUUGGCGUCGGCGUAUCUGCUUGAGCCUUGCCACAUGAGGUUUAUCAAGGGGGAGGGCUAUGGGCUUGGAAGGGACGUCUUACCCGUACAGCUGGCUAGGCCCAUCGCAAGAUCUGCCGAAAUCUGUGGAUUUAAGCCGUUCAUGGAAUAUGCUGGCUCCUACGCCCUUUUCAAUUAUCGUCUCGUCGAUCCAUCUCAAGGCCUUGAGUACUCUAAUCUACGCCUCAUCCGGGCCUUUGAGCAUGGUCUGGACCCUUCCUCCUCCGAAGCAGGCUUCGUGUUGACGCACGUGGCCAUGGUCCGGCACUCCGGACCCCUCAUCUCCGGAGUCAUGACCUGUCUACGCACUCUGUCUUCCUCCCCUUCUCCCGACCGCACCAAGUUCAAUGCUGGCCUACAGCAGACCCUCUCGGCCCUCCGUCGCGUCAACGCUGUCAUGGAGACGAUGUGGUCGGUCUCCAAGCCGCGAAGCUAUACCUCAUUCCGUACCUUCAUAUUCGGCAUCACCUCACAGUCCAUGUUCCCUGAUGGCGUCAUCUACGAAGGGGUUGACGACUCCAAGCGCCAGGAGUUCCGCGGCGAGAGCGGGGCAAACGACUCCAUGAUCCCCCUCAUGGACAACUUCUGUCAGAUUGCCAUGCCAAACACUCCAUUGACAGCAAUCCUGAAGGACUUCCGGUCGUAUCGCCCUGGUGAUCACAGACAGUUCCUGGAGUGGGUCCGUGAGGAGAGUUUGGACAGAAACGUGCGGGAAUUCGCUUUGGGUCUGAACUCUCCCAUCCUUGAUAAAGAGUCCGUCAUAGAAAGCAGACAGCUCUGGGUUAAGAUCUUGAAUCAAGUUCGAGACUUCCGAUGGAGGCAUUGGUGUUUUGCCAGGGAGUACAUCCUUAAGCAGACAUCACACCCAACAGCGACAGGAGGCUCCCCCAUUGUGACAUGGUUACCAAACCAACUGUCUGCGGUGAUGGAUGACAUGGCUGAAUUCCACGAUGCGGUUGGUGGCAAUGCUGGUAACUUGGGUAACGAGUGCCAGGACAUCAUGGAGUUGGUUCACCGUCAGAGAGAUACUCUUCGUAAGGAGGUCCAAAAGUUUUGCACGGAAAGAGGUGUUGCCGCUCAACAUGCUUAA